AUGGGUCAAACACUAUCAGAACCAAUAGUCGACAAGGAGACAGAAAGCGCCGAAGACACCAGAUACGCAUGGGGUUCUUCUAGUAUGCAGGGGUGGAGAAUAAGCAUGGAAGACGCCCACACAACACUAUUGAGACUAACAACCCCGUCGCAUAUACCAUCUCCACCAACCCAACCUCCAACUGUCGCCUUCUUUGCUGUCUAUGACGGACACGGUGGUGCAGCUGUAGCUCAGUACGCAGGAAGUCAGCUCCACAAUCGAAUAGCAAGUGAUCCUGCAUUCAUAGCGGGUAACUUUGAAGAGUCGAUACGAUCGGGGUAUUUGGGUAUUGAUGUGGAUUUGAGAGCUGAUAAGGCCUUUGUUAAUGAUCCAUCAGGGUGUACAGCUGUAUGUGCUAUACUCACAGAUGAUGGCAAAGUUAUUUGUGGGAAUGCUGGAGAUUCUCGAGCUGUCUUGUCUGUCAAGGGCGUUGCUGAGCCCAUGUCGUAUGAUCACAAGCCAGUCAAUCCAGAAGAGUCAAGGAGAAUCGUUGCCGCGGGCGGCUUUGUGGAGUUUGGACGUGUCAAUGGAAACUUGGCUUUAUCAAGGGCCAUAGGCGACUUUGACUUUAAACAGAGCCCACAACUACCAGCCGAAGAUCAAAUAGUCACCGUCAAUCCAGAGAUAAUCACACGACAAAUGACUGAAGAUGAUGAGUUCCUGGUGUUGGCCUGUGAUGGUAUCUGGGACUGCAUGUCAAACCAAGACGUAGUCGACUUUGUCCGUGUCCGAAUCGCCACAACACGAGGAAACCUCGGCUCAAUAUGUGAACAAAUAAUGGAUCGUUGUCUAGCCUCAGAUUCUGAAUUGGGUGGUGUCGGUUGCGAUAACAUGACUGUUAUAAUCGUGGCUAUUCUCAGAGGCAAGAGUCUAACAGAAUGGGCCGACGCAAUCAAAAAGGACAUUGAGGUCAAGACUGGAAAGACGGUACAGGAGGUUGAAGAAGAGCAAACACGACAGCCUCCUGAGUAA